ACUAAGCUCGGCAUUUUUUGCAUUGUGGUUGCAUUAGCCAUUAGGUAUUGCUUUGUUGUGAUCCUCGUCUUUGAGGCAGCUGAAGAGGUACGUAGGAAACAAAAGGGCCACAAGCUCUAAGAAGAUCAAUCCGACAUGGCUUGUCCAGCCAUGGAAAGUGCAGCUGCAACGGCACUCCGCUCGGUGCUUUCAAGGGUGCACGUGGCAGCGGAGAGAUCCGGUCGAUCAUCAGAGCAGGUGAGGAUCGUGGCUGUGAGCAAGACGAAGUCCGUCUCCGUCAUCCAGCAGGCCUACGAAGCUGGCCAUCGUGUCUUCGGGGAGAAUUAUGUCCAGGAGCUUGUCGACAAGUGUCCCCAGCUUCCUGCUGAUAUCAAGUGGCAUUUCAUUGGAAACCUGCAAAGCAACAAAGUCAAAGCCCUUCUUAGUGGUGUUCCAAAUCUUGACAUGGUUGAGACUGUUGAUGAUGAGAAGGUGAAUAUUUAUGCCGAUUGGAGUGUUUAUGCACAUGAAAUAAUUUCGUUCCAAAAUUACCUAUUAAGUAGAAGUUUAUUUGGUACUUAA